ACAUCCGAGGCGAAAACCGCUAGCAUCAAUCAAGCUAUCGUGGUAUUUCUCUCCAAGCUUCGGUCUUGAGGGACGCCAAACUGUUCGUUGCGCAUCAUAUUCCAUCAGCUCGAGUCGCUCCCCAGCUUUCCCCCACCAAAUAAUCGUGCGCCACGCCCCGAGGUCUUGCCUGGAGCAGGUAGACGCCAUGGCCGAUCAGGACACCAAGGCCCCAGAGGCCGCAGCCGUCACCACCUCUGCUGCGGAAUUGGUCCCUGUCGCCACGCCAGAGGCACCCGCUUCGACAGCGCCGCCGCUGGCCGGGACUGCCGCCCCAUCUGGAGAUGUUCCUGCCGAGAAGCCUGCCGGGAAAACUGAUGAAAGGGCGCCAGUCCCUACUCCUGCCCCUGCUGCCGCAGAAGCCCCGAACGCUCUUGAAGCGAAGUCUGCCGAGAAGACCGAGGCUCUGGCUCCUGAGCCUGCCGCCGCUCCUGCUCCAGCGGCUUCCAAGGAGGCUGAACCCAAGACCGCCGAGAUAGGCGUUCCCGUCGCCCCGGCCCCAGCCCCAGCCGCCUCAGCCCCGCUGAAGGACCUCUGGACCACAGCCCAGGCACACACACACAAGGAGAUCUGGGGCGUGUCGCUCACCGACCCGGAGACGCACGUACCAUCACAAAUCAUCCUGCAAAAGUAUCUCAACGCCAACGACGGUGACCUAGCCAAGGCCAAGGACCAGCUCACCAAGACGCUGGACUGGCGUGCCAAGACGAAGCCGCUGGAGUUGCUGGAGAAGAAGCACAACAAGGAAAAGUUCAGCGGGCUGGGCUACGUCACCACGUACACCACGGACACCGGUUCCAAGGCCAAAGAGGUGUUCACAUGGAACAUCUAUGGCAGCGUCAAGUCCAUGGAUGAUACGUUUGGAAAGUUAGAGGAUUUCAUCAACUGGCGCGUGGCCUUAAUGGAGCUUGCAGUGCACGACCUCUCCAUCUCGACGGCGACCGAGCGCAUCACGGCGGAGCAGGACCCGUACAAGAUCUACCAGGUGCACGACUACAAGUCCAUUAGCUUCCUGCGACAGGCGCCCGCUGUCAAGGCCGCCAGUAAGGAGACCAUAACGGUCCUGGCGGCCAACUAUCCGGAGCUGCUCAAGGAGAAGUUUUUCAUCAACGUGCCCGUCGUGAUGGGCUUCAUGUACGCCGUGAUGAAGCUCUUCGUGGCGCCCAAUACGCUCAAGAAGUUCCACCCCAUGAGCAACGGCGGCGCCCUGGCAGAGGAGUUUUCCGCCUCGGAGCUCCCGGGCCUCGGCGAGAAACUCCCCAAGGAGUACGGCGGCCAGGGCCCCGAGCUGUCCAAGCUGGGCAAGCAGACGCCGCUCGAGGAGUGAUGGACUGGAUAGGCGGGGUGCGUUGUUUGGCUAUUCCGGGACGGUCCACGGAGACAGCUGUCGCAUCACAUCUCUUCUUUUUUUUUUUUUGCAUGUGAUACCGCCUCGUUUGUCACGCUAUCCUGUUUCUUUGUUUGUUUCGUGCUUCUUUUCCUGCUCUUUAAAGAUAUCCACCACAAUGACCUUCAUUUAGUACCUAGGUAGAGGUAGCUAGACGCAAGUACCCGGUUGACUUGGAGAAUAAACGUCGUCACCCUGCCAGUCCGAAUACGGGAGUUGGAUGGCAUUGUUGAAGCA